AUGUUAUGCAUAAGUAGCGGUUGCUUCAUGGUGGACAUGUUUCCACAGACUGAUUCCUUUCACUUUUUCUCUGAAGAUGAAACAAGGAGUAGUUCCCAAUUAACUACAUCAACUGAAGCAGUGAGGGGCUCUGUUGUGUUUCACGAUUAUUUCGUUCUUUUUCUGGUUGGGAUAUUAUGUAUUUUCGUUUUUCUCGUACUAUUGGCCAUAUGUUUCGGUAUGAAAACAGAAAGAACAAAAAGAAAAGAGAAAAUACGCAUCAUGAAGAGAAUCGCUGCAGAACAAAAUGUCAAAAAGCGGAAAAAGUACAAACAUGACGAAAAGACGUCUAACAGUGGAGAACAGAGAGAGAGAAAACUAGUACAAUCAUUAUCGCGUGAAACCGAUGGUCGACAAGUGCUGUCGUUAUCUCAUGAAACAGAUGGUCGUCGGAAAUCCAAAGAAGACACGCGACCUAAGAGCAGUACUGAAUAUGCGCCCGAUGGAUCUCCUCAAACAACGUGCAAAACCACAGAAGGUCGAGGUUCUGGGGAACCUGUCCGUGCACGAUCCGUUGCAAAAACAUAUAGGUUGGAGGACUACAGUGAAUCAAUGAAGUCUUUUUUUGCGCCCUAUGAGGGGAGAGCGGCGCGUAGCAUCGCGCGCACUCUUCCCAUACAGUUGACGGCAUCUUCCUUGGAAAAACUUGACAGCGAAAUAUUUGAGAAAGGAAAGUUCACAGAAGGCACCAAGAAUGCCCCACAAGUCACCCAGAAGGGAUCACAAGGGCCAAUUACACUUAAGACUACGCAAGAUGAAUAG